AGCAUUGUGUACGAAAAGAAGGUUCUUCCUGUUUGAGCAUUUACCUGUAUGUGAAAGUAUUCAAAUGUGUAUAUGAUUUACCUUCAUGCUGUUGACAUUUGUGAGGGUAUUCUUUUAAAGCUGUUUACAUUUAUUCCUCAUUACUUUCCUUUGGGCAAAGUCCCCCCACCUCUCCCCCCCCCCCUUUUUACAAUCAGGAUUGGUUAGGUAGGUGAAAUACAAUUGCAGUGCAGGCAAAGACCUCUAAUGAGGAAAAAAAAUCUGAAAGGUAAAGUGGAAAUGUGUAUAUGUGUAUGUGUAUUAUAUGUGCAUAUAAUUUUAUUGCAUUUUCUUAUAAUGUGAAAAAUAAACAUAGAGAAGACUUAUCCCUUUUUCAUGUUCUGCCAAUUUAAUGUUUAACAGGUUACUUCAUUAGAAAAUGAAGCAUAACCAGAGCUGCUGCCAGACACCUCCCAGUGUCACUGUCCAUAUAAAAUCAACUGCAACCAGAUCAUAUCAGCAAAAAAAAGGUCUUGGCCUUAAACGUCCUAAAUUUAAAGACAGCCAGGAGAUUUGUGGGAAAAACAUUAAUACCAAAGCAAAACAUCCAAAAGGUUCAUGUCUAGUUAUUCAGCGACAGGAAAUGACAGCUUUCUUUAAGUUAUUUGAUGAUGAUUUAAUUCAAGAUUUCUUGUGGAUGGAUUGUUGCUGUAAAAUUGCAGACAAGUAUCUUUUGGCAAUGACUUUUGUUUAUUUCAAGAGGGCUGGCUACAAUAUAAAUGAACACACCAGACUUAAUUUCUUUGUUGCACUGUACCUGGCAAAUACAGUGGAAGAAGAUGACGAAGAGUCAAAGUAUGAGAUUUUUCCAUGGGCUUUAGGAAAAUCCUGGAGAAAGCUUUUUCCAGAUUUCUUAAUUCUAAGGGAUGAACUCUGGAGCAAGAUGGACUAUAGGGCAAUUGUAAGCAGACGCUGUUGUGACGAGGUCAUGGCUAUUGCUCCAACACAUUAUAUAUGGCAGCGGGAACGUUCCCUGCAUCAUAGUGGAGCAAGAAGAAACAAUAGCCGGGAUGAAGUACAGCUGCCUCGUGGUCCUAAUGCCACACCUGCAGAUUGUUUGCUUUGUGGGAAAAAAACAAGAUAUAUAAGGCUAGGAUUAUCAUCCUCUUCCUCCAGUGGCAGUCUGGAAAUGAUGGAGCAACAUGUAACUCAGGGACUGCACGACUCUUCUCAAGCUGAUAAUCUUGAAUCACCAUCUUGCUGUUACACCCAAGAUUGCAACAAAUUACCUAACAAAGGAAGAAAAAAUUGCUAUAGCAGUCAAGAUGAAUCCAUGCUUUGGUUUACUGGAAAUGAAGAAUAAAACACACUUGAAGUUUAGAAA